UAUACAUAUAUAUAUAUAUGUAUAUAUAUAUAUAUAUAUAAGAAUUAAAAACAAGCAGUUAGACAACAGUAGGCAAAACACAAGACAGAAGCAGCGUGAAGUAUCACUGAUACAAAGGCCAGGAUAGGCAGGACCCCCGAAAGGAGACGAGAAUGAUCCCGUUGAUCAGAGCAGAGGCGGAGUAGCCAAGGGCGAAGGCAACUCUUCCGGUAAUGCGCCGUGCCGUAACUACAAAAGAUCAAGAGCAGACGACGAAGAAGAAUAUAUAAACAAAAGACGAGGAAAGAACGAAACAAGCAAUACCCCGCACAGAGAUCCCUACGAUCCGCCGCCUGAAAGAGAGAGCCCGUUUAGCGUUGUUGUUAGCGUCAGUGACUUCAUUAUUACUGACAGGCACAACAAUAAUAGCAGACGACGAUAGCAGCAGCACCAACAAGAACAACAACAACAACAACAAAAUUCCAAAAAAGACGUAUCGCUGUAUCGUUUACAACGUAACAACAACAAGAAAACUCCUUUGUCACUUUCGUUGUGGGAGAACGACAAUGGUGGUAGUAUUUAUAAAAUUAUAGGAAUCUAAGUAUCGCGUAUUCAACCGUUUCACAGAAGGUGUUAUAAGCCUUACUAGAUAUACAUCUUCUAAUGCCAGGAAGACCUAGUGUGUAUUCUGCUAAGAACGAAUAAGACAGAUUGUGUUACGAUUGUGAGAUCAAGAUUGAAGCGAAACGUGGUAAAAAAAAAAAGCAGAAGGUGGCUUACUGUAGCAUCAGUACUGAUUCCGUCGGAGCCAGUGGCGUUCUCAGACGAAGACGAGACCAAGAGCAGACGACGCGCAAACAAAAAGAUAGAGAACGGUGCAAAGAAGUCAGAUAGCAACGACGCAACUUCGACUGCAAAACGUACGUAGCGUCCGAGGGCGCGUCGAAGCGCCUACACAGGGCAGAAUGUAGCACUCGUAUGACAAUGGUCCCCUGCCGGACUUACAGAGGUGAGUUGAACGGAGCGCUGCAGGCGAUGCGGUGGCCAUGUACAGCUUGCCCUACCGGGCAUAAUUUGGGCGCUUCCUGAAAACCUCCUACCCAGAAAACCGCAACUAAAAUCUUGACGACAAUAAUAGUAAAUAACAACAACAGCGACUACAAGAAAACAAGCAAAAAGAAAGUAACUAAGAUGAAGACUAAGGAGCUAUAAUAUCAGUAAUUAUCGUCAACGUGAAGUUGUUACUAACGGCCGUUAGGUGUCAAAAGUCGAUAUACAACGUUAGCCUUUACGAAAAUCCUUCGUCGUUCCUGGCUAAACUGAAAGAAGCCGUUGUUGCUUAAAUCAUUAAGACCGCGUGACGAAUGUGCGCAGAUGCCGAAGUACAGGGGAACAUCUGCGGGUACCGGCAAGAACGCUAGAUGGCCAGUUGACUCUCGACGGCGAUUAUAACCAAUGGUGGUGGUGAUCGUAAGAUAGGCCGAAAAGCAGGGGUGUCACACAAGCAGUAGAGACAAGUAAAGAGAUGAUUCUUCAUUGGCUUCACUAGCCAGCUGGUUUCACUAAAAGGUGGCCAGUGUUGGGCCAAUGAUUGGCAGAAAUCGUUUGAGCUUUGUGUCGGAGGUUUCCCGGAUUCGUGAUUUGAACAGCAAGGACAAAACACACUUGACCCUUAGCCUUUUCUCCACCACUUUUGCCGGUGGCAACAGGAACGACGAAACAGUCAUACAAGGACAGCUUUUGCUACUGUCGAUUGUACACGUCUCGCUUCGAACAGAUUUGCCCCAGGACGUCCGAACCAUAAAACCGCCACCCAGGCGAAUAGAGCAGGCGCCGUGCGCCAUCUGCGAGCGCCUCGCUCGUUGAGUAAUAGCGUCCGGGGCGAUCGCCGGAGCAGACGAAGGUUGGCAGCCGGUCUCCUCAAACGCCGUGGUCGUGUGGAGCGGUCUGCCGCUCCCGGGCCCCUCGCCCGCACCGAGGCUGGCCACUGCGUCGGCGGCCCCCGCUGAGGCGGCGGCCUGUCUGAAGCCGCCCACUUCAGCUGUUUCCGCUGGGGCGCUUCAUGAGGGCAAAGUCAUAACAGCAACGACAACUGUUCGUACGGUAACAGCAACAGCAGACUACAACCAGAAUCACGACGACAAGAGUAACAAUAGCAAUGACAAUAACAGCAAGAGGACCGUCAGUAACGGAUCAACGAGGACAAGAACAAUAAUAGACCGCGCAGGUCAACAGAAGGCAGACGGAACACAAGGAACGACGACAAGUACUACUGCUAUAGCUAAUAUUAAUACAACAACAAAUUCGUCUAUUAUCAGUAUUACUAAUACUGUUGCUUCAGCUGAUGGUACAUCUAUAACCGGGCCCAUAAUCGCUACAUUGAAUACAAGAAGGACUAUUACUACAUCUACCACUACGGCAAGUGCAACCAGGCCCGUACCGUCAGAUGGCGCUGGUAUAGCAGCCAGAAACAGUCCAGAUUGUUCGCCAUUCACUGGCGGGUACUUCUGGUGUCAACCAGGACCAGGCUGUUGGCAGUGGUCUCCAUUAACGUCAUCCGUGUCUGUUAGUAGCGCGAAAAACAACAGGUUGUGGAGCUAUUGCAACGACGACAGCAGGCGCAACCGCCACAGGCAAGAUAGCCAGAAUCAUCACCAGACAGAUAGAACAAGUAACAGUAAUUACAAAGGACUCUCGUUCGAGCGUUCGCUAUCUUUCGACGCUAACGACGACAGCGGCAGGCGAAGCACAGCCGUCUUGACGAAAACGCGUGACGGUUGGCCGCUAUCGUUAGCUUCAGCGUCAGCCGAAACGCACACCACGAAAACGGCGCCGCCAGCAACAGUUACAAGAACAAUAACUAUUGGUAGGACGGCGGCGCUAGGCACGACUUUCACUCACGGGUUUCGACGUGAGUUAAGCUUAUUUUGUUAGCGGAUCUCGUUAGGGAGCUCAACGCGGUCGCGGGGUCGAGGCCGGCAGGCGAGGCGGCGCGGGCUGGCAAGUAGCCCUUUGCGCUGCAUUCGCCUGUGCGGGCCUGAAGGCACGGGAGGAUGAGCAACUGUCUGGCCGGAGCUGGAGGCAGCAACCAACCCGAUCUCAGCCACCUGACCGCCGAGGAACGUCUCAUCAUCCAGGAGGUCCUAGCCCGCCAACGGGCUGAGGAACAGAAGGAACGCGAUUUGCUAAAGCGAAAAACCGACGAAGUCAAGCAAUUAGAAAGCAAUUUAGUGACGAAAAUUGGACAAAAUGCGCGCAACCCACUGGGAAUGCUGCUGGGGGGAGGGAACCAGCAAAAUCAACAGCAACAGCAGCAUCUGCAUCAACAACAGCAGCAGAUGCUUCACCAUCAGCAACAGCCACAGCAGCAGGGGGGCGCCAUACCGGGCCUCCAGGGCGGUGCUGAAGUACCAGGAAUGGGACCGACGCCGGGCGGGCCGACGGCGCCCCCAGCGACAUGUCAACUCUGCCUCAAAACGAAGUUCGCCGAUGGGGUCGGACAUAUCUGCAACUACUGCAACGUACGUUGUUGCGCCCGCUGUGGGGGUAAGGUGAGCCUACGUUCAAACAAGGUCAUCUGGGUGUGUAUUCUAUGCCGAAAAAAGCAAGAGCUACUCAUCAAGACAGGCCAGUGGAUCAGUCAACCGCUUAGCGCCAUGAACCCGAUGAGUUCGAUGAAUCCCCAGAUGGCCGGUGGCCAGAUGGCAAGUCCGGGAUCCAUCGGUCUACAGGGCCAACUUUCUGGCCAGGCAAACCAACCCAUGUCUAUAUCGAUACUGCAACGGGCGCGCUCCGUAGAGAUUCCAUCGUCGGGGCCCACUAUGGGUUCAGGGAUGGCUGGAAAUGCUGCAAGUAUGGCCACCACCGCCGGUGGAAUGGGUGGAUUGUGGCGGGGUAGAAUGGGAAACAGUUUCAAUGAGUACGAUCCGUAUCAGCAACAGAAUUUAAUGAUAAUGAAUCAGAUGCAGCCAAUACAAAACCAGAUACAGAUCCCAGGUUCAUUCGGGUACUCAGCACAAAGUCGGCGAGGCGAGUUCAGAAGGCAAUUAUCAGCAGGUAACGCCGAACAAGGUGGACACUACUACCAGCAAGCAUACGCGCAGCAAACACAACAAGUAACACAGGCCCAGUCUCAUCAAAACCUCUCGCAGGCUGGGCAACAAUCAGGCGGCUUCGGAGUGCCCCUCUUGAAAAAUUCCACCGCCAAUCUGUCCAAUUCUUUUCAAACCUUGUUUUCUCGGCCUUUCGGCAAGGGUCAACCACAGCAACAGCAGCAGCAGCAGCAACAUAUGCAGAUACAGGCCAGUUCGGUCGGUUACAACCCGGCCGGCCCAUGUGGGCCAAUGGGUGCAACCGUUUCCCAAAUAGGCAUUCCGGGGGGGAUGGGGUCGGCUGGAAUCCUCGAUCCAACGUUCCCGGCGGUGCUCGGCUCGCACCCGAAUUUGACGAACCCCGGUGCAACGGCUGGAGGGAUGGCUGUACCUGGUACUGGCAGUCUCGGGAACCAGUUGGCCGUGACGAAUGCGCGCACGAGGGGCGGUAUGCUGAGGAACGACUCUUUGAGUUCAGACCAGUCCCACGCUGAGCCCCAUACCCAUCAGCACCGUAGGAGACAUAGUAGAAAGCUUGGAAAGAAGAAGAAGAGGUCGUCCACAUCUGGCAUGACAGCAGGAAUACGAACAUCGGCUGGACCUCGCAGCCGAAGUUCGUCCGAUGAAGAGUUGCACUCGGACUGCUCCUCGUGUGGAAGCAUCGAAGAUCUUGACUGUGACUAUAGGCGCGAAGAAAUGUUGGAUGCCAAGAUCAAGAAGUUCUUAGCCAAUCCCGUCUCCUGGAAGCCUUCGACGACGAAUCCUGAAAUUCUCAUCGGUCAUAUGAUAUUGAAGAAACUGCCAUCGGGCCUUGGAAGUCAAACAGAUAACGCAGCUCAAAUGUUAGGUUUAAAGGUAGUAGGCGGCAAGAUUCUUCGUAAUAGCCGUAGCAACAAGAAGCAGCUCGGAGCGAUAAUCGAACGAGUCAAAAAGGGCAGCAUCGCCGAUGUGGUUGGUCACCUGAAACCCGGAGAUCAAGUGCUUGAAUGGAAUGGGCGUUCACUGAAGAACAAAACAUACGAGGAGGUCUUCGAGAUUAUACUGGCUUCCAGCCAGGACCUGCAAGUCGAGUUGAUCGUCAGUCGACCGUUAGUUGAUGGGGAAGAUGCUGAAGACCUCCGCAAGGAGGUACGUCGGCAUUCUUCAGCCGCUCUAUCGGCCAGCCAGGCGAAUGCGACUGGUAAGAGAGCCGAUUUUUUGCGCAAGACCUGCUCAACAACGUAUCUGCCGCCAAGUUCAGUAGGUGGCAGUGCCAUGGGCGUAGGUGACGGUAUCAGCUCCCUCAGCGGUAUGGCCGGUGACGUCGUCAGUGCGUCCCGUCGACGAUCGAUCACUUCGCUGGCUUCUCUUGGCCACGAGGUACUCGCGGGCCGGAUCCAGAUCAAGCUCUGGUACGACGCAGCCCAGCUGCAAUUGGUUGUGACUGUCGUCGGUGCGGCGGAUCUGCCUCCGCGCCUGGUGGCUACCGGACAUUCGGGUAGCCCUUCCUCGAUGAACCUUGCCGAACCCCGAAAUCCUUACGCCAAACUCUUCCUCCUGCCUGACAGGAGUGAAAAGUCGAAGCGGCGAACAAAGACAAUUGCCGACUCGAACGAACCCUACUGGAACCAGACGUUUGUCUAUUCGCCGUUGCGUCGGUCCGACCUGAUGCAGAGAGCGCUCGAGGUAACCGUCUGGGACUAUGACCGAUACGGCGCCAAUGAUUUUCUUGGUGAAGCCGUAAUCGAUUUGGCCAAUAUCAACAUUCCCUUCCAAGACGAUAUCAACGAAGAUGGCGACUGGUAUCUUUUAUCAAUGGAGUCGAGUAGAUAUAACGGCACGGUAAGCGGCGGCGUGGGAAGUGUCACGUUGGGGGGCAGUGUUAGCGGGCAUACGUCGUCUGCGUCAGCCCUGCGCGCGACUCCCCGGUCUAGUUCGGCUAUGCUCACCACAAGAAGACUCAUGACCUCCCCUUCCGCAAGGUGGUAUUCGGAGGGGGAGGAACUGAGCGAGUGGGAGGCCGCUUCCCUGGACGAGUUUGAAUGCCAGCAGCCUUCGAUGUACCUGGAUUCAUCCGGUAGACACAGACAGAGGGUCGGAAGUCUUGACACGCUCAAUCUUCAGUCGGGUCAGGGUGGGUUCUCGCGGCGGAGGCCUUCAUUCGGUCGACCCGGCCUACUCGGCCAUCGUGGGGACACGUCGUUUUUGCACGCCGCAGAAUCUAUCGGGCCUCACGGUGGCCAUCUUCCAUCGCAUCACGGGGGUGCCGGAUUUCAGCAGAGUGGCCAACAACUAUUACAGCAGCAGCAUCACCCUGGCAGCAGUAGCAGCAAACAUCACCACAACACUAAAGCUUCCGUUUUAUUACGAGGUUGCUCAUUAGAAGAAGAUGAAUAUCAGCAUCAAAGUGAUUCACUUCAGCUUUCUACAGGAGGCUCGAAUUUAUCCCUAAGAUCACUAUCGCCUCCGAGAACAUUUCGAUCAAACUCUCCAACUUAUUCGCUGUCACACGAGACGCUCAUUGGCCAAAAGAGGCAGUUGCCUCCCGUUCCUUCUAGGGGCCAGUCGUUCGGCGGCCCCUCGGAUCGAGGCCGAUACGUGCCGCUACAGCGCGGAGAUCAGAGCACACUCGACCUCGAGGAACGUGCGCGACAGAUCAAGGCUCGCAUGCGGCGGGCCUCACGCGUAGGACCAAGCCCAGUAUACGCAUCCGACUCCGAGUUAGGAGUGCAGAGCUCCUCCUACUACUCAGAGAGAGAAAGAGAUCGCAUGGACCACUACGGGGACCAGAUCAGCCAGCGAGGCAGGCCGGAUAGAGAUCGGCACCGUGAGUCUUCGCUUGAUCGCUGGGAGCAGCCGCAUGUUCGCCAACAACGGGCAGACCCGUAUCGACGAGACCCGCGGGACAUGCGCGACCUUCCUCACGGCCAUUCACAGCAACAGCACUCGGAACAUCAUCACCAGCAGCAGCACCAACGCGAGUCUAGCGUCUCGUCACUUCAACGAGAGCCUCUACAUGAGCACCGGGAACACCGAGAUACCCUGCGGGAAAGGGAGCUUCGCGAACGCGAACUCGAUCGUAACCGCGAUCCUGGUCGCGACCCGUGCGGCGGCCGAGACCUGCAUCGCGACGGGCGCGGCAUCGAGAGCGGAAGUCGCGGAUCGCUACAACACCGCGCGUCGUUCCAGCAGGAGCGAGGCGAUGGACGCGAACGAGAAGGCUCAAUCAUACACGAAUCCGUUGCCUCCAGACACUCAUCGUCGUACCAGCGGGGCCUGGAAUCAGGCCGAGAGGAACGAGACAGCCGGGACCACGUAAGCAGUAAUCGGGAUCAGCAUCAUCGAGACAGCAGCGCCAGCAUUAGUCGACUUGCAGAGAGUGAACAACCGUACGAUCAGCAUCGCGGCAGCUUCGAUAGGACCAGCAACAGAGAGCAGCACAUACAGCAGUCGUCACACCAUUCACAGCAGCAGCAGCAUCAAUCACGAGGGUCCAUGGGUUCGGCAACUGCAGCCGACCAGUAUUCGCAGCAGCAUCAGCAACAGCAGCAGCACCACCACCACCAUAGACAGAGCCUGUCCCACUCGCAUGCCCCCUUCUAUGGGGAUUCUCCUCAACGGGAGCGGGAACGAGAGAGGGAAAGAGACCCCAGAUCUAGCGACCCGCCGAUCCAUCAUCAUCAGCACUACCAACACGGAUCGACACGGCUCCACGACGAUGGCCGGGACCGCUCAGAGCGGGACCGAAGUCAGUCGGCGUACUAUUCGGACCGUGGCCUGGAGUCCGAUGGUUCUGAAACAAGCUCUGUGAUAUCGAAGCUGAGCUCUACCACCCAGUCGGAGGCGCUGCAUCGUGGCCCCUCGGACCGGCGGCAGAGCUCGGGCCAACGCGCUAGUCAGCAGACUUCGCGGACUCUCUCGGAGUUCACGCUCCAGAAGAGCCAGGGCGGACCUGUCCACCCGUUGUCCUCGUCUGGCCGAGGUUCGUCUAAUGAGUCCUCCUCGAUGUCGAUGACAAUGACUCGGGAAAGCCGGGAAAGCUAUGUCGGCCUUGGGGGAAGGGACGCCGGUCGCGGGGGCGACCGUAGGGAUGCGGUCGGCCGAAGGGCCGAGUCCAUUGAAGAGUCCACGCGCACCUCCUCCCAGUCGGUCUCCGAGGCUAAGGAGGGCUCUGAAGAGGGGUCCCUCUCCGAUACAACCACUGCCAACGAAGAAAAACUUGGUGGAAGUUCAUUCGAAAUCGCUGACACAUCGCCCUAUUCUACAUCACCCUAUGCAAAUGCUAAAAUUAACCAGUCGCAGGCGGCCGCGACUCCGCAGCAGAAAAGUAAAGGAGCUCGAUUAGGUUUCAGAAACAGGCGCAAGAAUAAAGUUGGCCGGGGUGUCCAUCGCUCCGAAGAGGUUGCGCCCGACGAAGUGCGUCACCUCGUUAGACAGGCAAGCAGUGUGUCCUCAGAUGGAGAAGGCUCGCUGUCCGGGGACUCAGCCACGACCUGGGGAGCGUCUUCCGUACGGGGCGCACCCUCAGUGACGUCCGUAGCGGGUCCCAUAGUUUCGGGUAGUAUUGUUGAAGGCUUGGGUCCCGGCCAGAUCGUCGGCCGCCAAACCCUGUCUAGUCCUAGCCUAGGAGACAUCCAAAUGAGUUUCUGUGAUAGGAAAGGCAACCUAGAAGUAGAAGUGAUCCGGGCGAAAGGUCUACAGCCACUUAAAGUUGGCCCUAACGCCCUUCCAGCACCCUGUGUCAAGGUAUAUCUAGUGCGUACGACAGGCAGUGUCGGCAGUGACGCAGAUCAAAGCCCUCAGGGGGUUGGAAGGGCAGGUCAGCUGCCCAUCGGCACCCAGACUAUCGUGGCCAAGGCUAAAACCACCGCUGCUCGCAGGACACUCGACCCACUCUUCCAGCAACAACUCAUUUUCCACGAGGACUACAGAGGCUGUCUUCUACAGGUGACCGUGUGGGGCGAUUAUGGUAGUGGUGAUAAAGGAGGAGAACGGCAGAGAACCGACAGAGUCGAACGGAAAGUUUUCAUGGGUAUGGCCCAGAUUGCCUUGGAUGACCUAGAUCUCGGCCGAAUCGUUAUCGGUUGGUACAAGCUAUUUAAUCCGACUAGUGUGGUGAACGCGCCUUCGCAAGAUCAGUAACAGGCAGGACCCGCACGGUAGCUAGCAAACGAGCAAGACAAACGGAAUAAUUUUAGUCGUCCGCAGAAAAACGCAACACAAGUUAACAACCUAACAGUCUAAGGACAGAGAUCAGUUUUCCUUUGCUCCUACUCUGGCCCAACGAUAUCGAAUCAUUUCUGACUCAGACAUUGCAUCAACUAUUAUAACAACAGCCUACAUUACAUCAAUAACAGGAAACAAUAUGUCGGAUAAAUGUGAUUGACAAGGAGGCGAUAGUGUAUUGAGACGGCGCAGAUACCGCGACAAAGCCACACGCAAAAAACGGUAAAAACAACAAAAAAAACAUAACGUAACAAAUCAUAAUAGUACUCCAAGAAAAAACGUAACAUAAAUAUGAUCACAUAUAUGGCGGCCACAUACUACUAUACAAAAACCACAGGGAACCAGAUAUCGUACCAGAGAACGGCGUAGCUAAUUAUGGUCAGACAAGAGUACUUUGUCAAUUCAUGAUACCCUGCCAUUGCUGGAUGUCGAAUAAGCAUACUAAUCAUAAAUAUAAUAGUAUCUUCGAUAUAGUAAAACAAAUAAACACUAAAAUAUGUAGAAAAUGAAUGGGUUGAGCAGACUAUAGCAUAGAGACAAACCAACAAGAGGAUACCUAAGCUGGAUACAGUAAAGUAGAACGAAUACUCCAUCGAGAGGGAGCGUGUGUAAUUGAGAAAUAGGCAUAAAUGCUAAGCUAUAUAAUCAUAGCUAAUUCACUAUUAGCAUAGAAUAAUGUAGCACGAAAACGAUGAAACGGUGCAAAACAGUGUAACAGCAGUGAUAUCCUUCUGGAUAGUGAACGAAAUCCUAUGAAUGUGUAUACAAUACAAAUGCAGCACGCCGAUUGUCGAAAAAGCGACAGGAAUUAUUUCGAAUAUCUGUAAAGAUAGAGGAUCAUUACUGCAUCCAUCGACUCACGUUCAUACAAACACAGAGGCAAGCAGAGACGCGCUCGUCCAUCAUCGUGCGAGUCGCUAUCUUCAUUCUGAUGGAAAGAGGGUAUAAUAAAUGUGUCACUGUGAUCGGUUCAUUCUCAUCACUCGAAUCGUUCUAUCCGUUUCUUCCCUCGACCUCGGCAAAGACCUCGCUUGAUUAGACAGCCGGACUAGUGUGGAUAUAAAAGCAGCCCUCAGUGAGGUGCAAACUAUUUUUUGUACUGAUGAUUCAUUGAUUGCUCUCUCAUAUUUGUCUAAAGUUCCCACGAGGUCCAUUUUAUUGGACAGAAAAAAAAGCGAAGAGAUUCUAAUAACAAACCAACAAAUUGUACUUAUGAAAUUACACACAGUAAUAACAAAGCAACAAAAGCAAGCUGACACACGUACCCGCCGCGUAUCAACCAACAUAACCGAUUGUAUGUUCAUAAAACUAAUACUGGUAAUAAUGAUAGUAAUAAAAGAGCAAAAUAAAUCUAACCAUAAUGGGUAUAUAUAUAAGCCACUAAAAGAUAUCUGCUAACGCACUUCAACAAACACGCGUACACCUAAUAAAUAGAAAAGACGGAAAACUAUUGAACGUUUCUAGAUAGGCGUAACUGCCGAAUUAUUAUUGAGUUAUCGAAGCUGAUGAUGUAAGUGGAACCACAAAAGACAAAUCUUUCCUAAGAGUAACAAUAAUAAAUAUUGUAAUGAUAAUUACCAGUCAUAGUAAUAAUGACAGUGGUCAUCAUACUAAGUAUGGCAUAAAUGUUAAAAACGGUAAUCUUCAUAGUUAUAUAACAAUAGGGAGUCGAAGCGUAGUACGGAUUUUCAUAGAGCGCACCGUUAAAUUCUGCAAACAAAGACUGCUAACGAAUAAAAAAAGAGGAAAUCAAUUGGAAAACUUAAAAGCAAAUAUGUUUGAAGGGGAAGUCGUCCAAACGUCUGCCCCAACCAUAAUUACAGUACAAGCUGGCACAAUAGCAGGACCAACAAAAACAUCGCCAUGGUAGCGGCUAGCGUGAUGUUAACGGGUGCCUGUCAUUUGUACUCUAAUCAUAUAAAUACGAUGUAGCAGUAAAGGAAGUUAUGACAAACUGGGCCUCACACAUUAAGAAACAUACGAGCCAUUCACAGAUAGUCACUUAUCAUUCUGGUAAUUAAGUAACUAAUAGAAAAUGACUGAAAACGCAAACACUUCAUCGAUAACAAACGACGAUACAACACGACGUACACACAGACAGGCGGAAAAAUCAUACCCAACCAUGACGAUAAACUCACAAAGUUUUGACCAAUGAUGUUAGGCAGUGAUAUCUACAAUGCGAAUGCUGAUAUGAUUACGUUAAUUACCAAUGGUCAUUUAAGUCGCCAAAGGUGAAAAAAAGGAGAACGAAGAAAGAACUGGGCAUAUGUUGGGGUAGACGAAUGCCACCUGCGUCCGAUGGAUGACGUACCGCUCCCUGCGUCAUAGCUGGGCGUGAGCUGGAGCGUCGGCGCAGUAGAGUCGGGGCGGCGUCCAGGCUGAAAAAAACACGCUUCGAACAGACAUGAUGGAAAACAAUAACAAAAAAAAGGGACGACAAAUGAAGGUAUAAACAACAACGGCGAUUGUGAUGAUGAUGAUGAUGAUGAUCACGAUGGUUAUUAUAUAAGUAAUAAUGAUAUGACGAUGAUGGGAAAGCAGAUAAUGCAGAGCAGAGAAUUGUGUCCUGAAGGACAAACGGACGGAACAAACUAUGCUAGUCGCAUCCGAUCCGAUAGUCCGACAGGCGAAAAAAAAACUGCGCAAAUAGGAAAAAUAAUACUUAAGAUGCGGCAAGCAAAAAAGCCCAACGAUCUAUUCGCUCUUCCCCGAGAUCGCUGGUGCCUGUGCUGACGAAACGACGAAGGACAACAACAUAAAGGAUGGUUGAUUACGGAUGAAAUAAUCAUACGAUAAAAAUGAAUCUAAUAAAAUGACGAUUACGUUAUAGAUAGGCUUUGCGACGCUAACGACUCUUAAAUACUCGAGUGUACCACCCCGUCAGCGGUGUAUCAUGUGACGAUAUUAUGUAUUGCGUAUAUUAAGCGUUCAUGACCGUGACGGCGUAUCAUUUACACAGACACAUCAUCACGAGAGAGAAAGAAAUGAACAAACAAACGACGGGGCAAACAAACACAAUAAUAAGAAUCAACAAGCACGCGGGCGAAAUAAAGGCAACAGCAGAAAAACACAUCGCGAGAUUACGAUGCCCUACCAGAAUGGUAACAACCGCGAUAACAAUGACCUGUGAGAAACCUACCGGACUAAUGAAAGUAACAACAGACUUCAGUAUACUUUCGCUAUUAGUACGAGGACGAUCGCGAGCGGGUUAAUAAAUCGCUCACGACCCGCGUCAGCUAUGAUGGGCUCAUGGCGCAAUGACAAAAAUUAUGCCUCGUCCCUGUUGCCUGUGCGUACGUUACUAAAUAAGUAUAAUGAUAUUAAUUAAUAAUAAUUGAAGAUAACACUAUAAUAAUAUUAAUAAUAAUGAUAAUAAUAAUUAAGCUGAGAACAGUAACUAGAGCAAUCUCGUAUAGCUAUGCGAGGAAAAAGGGCGGACGCCAGCCGGACUGAAAAUACUAUUAGGUUGCAAGUUGCGAACUGCAAAGGACGAGAGGAUGGGAAAAGCAACCCAGCUAAAUUCGGGAGGGUCCGUCGUUGUAGGUUCUCUGGAGACAAAAGGGGUACUGAAUGAAGAAACCAUGCGAUGCAAGCAUAGAUGACGUGAGCUUCGCAAGGAGCUCCUGCAUUACCUGCAUCGAUCAACAUUUCAGAAGUCAUCGACAGAUACACCCACAAAUAUGUUAUAUGCUACGGAUACAGUGGUGGCCAGAGCAGCAGUGCUGAAUGAAUGGUACGAGAGGAAUGCACUAGUAUUAGCGUAAGCUGCCUACCGCGAUUCUGUCAUAGGUGACUUGCGGGAGACUGGCGAACGUUUUCGCCUGAAGGAUGUUCCACAUUCUGAGAAUACAUGAAGUCCCAAGGACAAACGCAAGGCAAAAAACAACGCGAAAACAAUGCAAAACGCGAAACAAACUAAAUAGGAAAAGGAAUAAUGAGGGAUGGCGAGAGAGAACUCAGGUAGAACGACGAGAUUCGGCUGACUCAGCUCACCCGCAUAGUUGGAAAAACACAGAGUCGAACCAAAAAGUCUAGUUAGGAUGAGCUAAUGUACCAAAUUAAGGUAUUAACACUAUGUCAGGCCGAUAAUGACGUUAUGACUAGGCGAACUCGAGUGGACUCCCUUUCUCUCGUACGCAACCCAACACGGUACUUACCAGAGAUCGGGGGUAACAGGGGCAACAACAGAGAAAAGGAUAAUGGAGAAGGUUAACGGAGCAAAUUAUAUAGUCAUACUCUUUAUUGACGGUUCGUUGACUGACCGAGAGAGAACCUGUUUUAGUAGUCUCCCGCGCCAGAGUUAGGCGAUUCAUUUUUUCCUGCAGGGGCUACUGACCUGACACAAAAAUAAAGUGAUCUCAUGUGAGUCUUCGUACGACUCUUCCAGUUAAAGAGCGAGACGAAGAAUGGACGUUGACGCGUAUCCAAGGGAGAAGGGGCUACGAAAACUACUAGUAUUGUGAAGGGUAUUGGGAGAAAAAUUCUAAGAUGGAAAGGUAGAGACAGUAAACAUAAAAGCAGACGAAGUUCUGAUAAAUUACUGACUGACCGCCUCGCACCUAAAAAAAGGAGCGACUCCACAUCGAGAUGAGUCUCUCCAUGUAUUGUGGGGCGUCGCUAAAUAGAGGAAUAGGCAAGACAGUCCCGUUCAGAAGGGCCCGUUGUCCUUUGGCCUACAAGUGUUGCGGGAGUUAGAUGCCUAUCUUUCUGGUUAAGUCAAUGCGUGUGUUCAACAAACAAACCACUUUGUUUAAACGUGUUAUUUCUAAUGGAAAAUGUCAAAAAUACCAAAAAAAAGAUACUAAGAGUGGUCUAAGUAUGAGUCGAAAAGACAUAAGGUUACAAGUCAUACACAUACAUCCAUCCACAUAUACACACCUAUUUAAUACAAACACAACAGAUCAGAAGGAAAAACCACUUACAAUGCGACAACACAUUAUUACUAUGAUGAUUUUUCUAUGAUACCACAUAUUAUUUCUACGCGAUACACCAUUUUCCCCCUACACACAAACACACACAUACACACACACACACAGACACACGCAUACACACACACACACACACACAGGGACACACUGGAUCACCCGUCCCCUGGUGACGCUAGAACAUCGCCGACAAUAUCCGCAUGCACGAUACACGCACAAGAGUCGAAAGGAUAUGGCGACAAAGUCAGAAACAAUAGAUGAAACAAAGGUAAAAAAAAACCUAGACUUUUUAAAGCUUUGCCAACACACAGCUAGCAGAAACUCACGCAGACACACAGAUACGCACUGACAAAUAAGGAACGAAUACGCGGAAAACAAGGACCAUUGAUGCCGUCGAUAAUUUCCAUAAGGAAAUAAGUGUACACGUGUAUAUAUAUAUAUAUACACACACACACACACACACACAAACACACA